AGAACGGCACGGAACAAACGAACUCCAGUAACAUUUCUCUCUUCCCCUCCUUUUUAUUUUAUUUUAUUUAUUUUUCCCUCUAAAUCUCUUUCAUUAUUUUAGCCUUCUAUCCUAGGGUUUCAUCAAAAUCUUCCCCAAAUCAACCUAACAAAAAAAAAAAAAUUCCCACCAUGGCCGAAGUCAUAAACGUGACCGUUGAUUCUCUGGACCGCCGCAGCAGGGAAGGCAAAGAGAAGUCCUCCGCCGACGACCCCCAAUCGUCCUCGCCGCCGCCACCACCUCCUCCUUCUAAUCCGCAGAACACUUCCCGACGGCGCGACAGAGACUCCAGAGAUAGGGACCUCGAUAGGCCGCCGAAUCGACGCGGUGGUGAUUAUUACGAUAGGAAUCGGUCUCCGCUGCCUAGAGAGAGGGAGAGAGAGUACAAGAGGAGGAGCAGUUUGAGUCCUCCUCCCGUUCCAUACAGGGACAGGAGGCAUUCUCCGCCACCUAGAAGGUCACCGCCAUAUAAGAGGUCGAGGAGGGAAGAUGGAGGGUAUGAAGGGAGGAGAGGGAGCCCUAGAGGUGGAUUUGGACCCGGUGAUAGAAGGUUUGGAUAUGAUUAUGCUGGUGGAUAUGAACGUGAGAUAGGGGGUAGGCCUGGGUAUCCUGAAGACCGGCAACAUGGCCGAUACAUGGGUCGUCCAGGUGGAUAUCAAAGCAGUCCCUCUGACUGGGAUUCUGGACGUGGUGGUUAUGUUGAUGCUUCCAAUACAGUGGGUACUCAAAGAGAGGGAUUGAUGUCAUACAAGCAGUUCAUUCAGGAGCUGGAAGAUGAUAUUUUACCCGCUGAAGCAGAGCGCAGGUAUCAAGAAUACAAGUCAGAGUACAUUUCUACUCAGAAACGAGUUUUCUUUGAGUCUCAUAAAGAUGAGGAAUGGUUGAGGGACAAAUAUCAUCCAACCAAUUUGGUUGCAGUCAUAGAAAGGAGGAAUGAACUAGCACGGAAAGUUGCAAAGGACUUUUUGCUCGACUUGCAAAGUGGAACAUUGGACAUAGGUCCUGGUAUCAAUGUCUCAUCUGCAAAUAAAUCGGAACAGACAAGCAAUCCAAAUUCUGAUGAUGAAGUUGAUGCUGGUGGCAAAAGAAGACGGCAGGGUCGUACACCAGCUAAAGAAACUGAUCUUCUCGCAGCUGCUCCUAAGGCUCACCCAGUCAGCUCAGAGAGCAGGAGAAUUCAAGUUGAUAUUGAACAAUCUCAGGCCCUUGUUCGCAAGCUUGAUUCUGAAAAGGGAAUUGAAGAAAAUAUUUUAGGUGGAUCUGAUAAUGACAAAACCAAUAGAGAGAAAUCUCACAGCAGCUACACUGGCCCUGUUAUAAUUAUACGAGGCUUAACCUCUGUCAAGGGCCUGGAGGGCGCUGAACUGUUGGAUACACUUGUUACUUAUCUUUGGCGUGUCCAUGGUUUGGAUUAUUAUGGAAUGAUUGAAACAACAGAAGCUAAGGGUCUAAGGCAUGUCAGAGCUGAGGGAAAAAGUGCUGAUGUGACUAAUAAUGGGAAUGAGUGGGAAAAGAAACUGGACACACACUGGCAAGAAAGGUUAAGAAGUCAAGAUUCUUUGGAAGUAAUGACUGCAAAGGAAAAGAUAGAUGCUGCUGCUGUUGAAUCCUUAGAUCCCUAUGUCCGAAAAAUUAGGGAUGAAAAAUAUGGCUGGAAGUAUGGUUGUGGAGCUAAGGGUUGUACAAAGCUCUUCCAUGCUGCCGAGUUUGUGCAUAAGCAUCUCAAACUUAAACACCCUGAACUUGUGUUGGAGCUGACAUCCAAAGUGCGCGAAGAGCUGUAUUUCCAGAACUACAUGAAUGAUCCAGUUGCACCUGGUGGCACACCUGUUAUGCAGCAGCCUUUACAGAGGGACAAGCCACAGAGACGUAAGCUAGGUCCAGAAAAUCGCUUGAAGGAUGAACGAGGUGGCCGUAGAGAUCGUGACAGUCGAGCAAGUGGCAGUGAAAGAUAUGAUAGGUCUGAAAAUCCCCCAUCAGGUGACGUCCAGACCAACAAUGGUGGGCCUGACGGAGGAAAUCAUGAUGAUCCAAUGUAUGAUAAUUUCGGUGGGCAGGCAAUGCAUGUACCUCCUUUCCCAUCAGAUAUACCACCUCCAGUAUUGAUGCCUGUACCUGGUGCAGGUCCACUAGGGCCUUUUGUUCCUGCUCCGCCUGAGGUUGCUAUGCGCAUGUUCAGAGAGCAGGGCGGUCCUCCUCCAUUUGAAGGGGGUGGCAGAAAUGGAAGGCCUGGGCCCCAGUUGAAUGGACCAGCUCCUAUUCUUCUAUCUCCAGCCUUUCGACAGGAUCCUCGGCGAAUACGCAGCUAUCAAGACCUAGAUGCGCCAGAGGAUGAAGUCACUGUUAUAGACUACAGGAGUUUGUAGGAAAUGACUGUUGAAAGGAUGAUCUGCAUAUAUUAGAUAUACACUCUUUGUUUCAACAGGGAAGGCAAUUAAUUCCUGUCUUGUCGAUGGUUCGUUUCUGUUGUUUUGAGGGUAAUUCCAACUGUAGAAAAAAUCACCUUGUAUUCAUAAAUUCUUGGGGUUUGGAUCUGCUUAUUGCAUGCUGACCAGCGGCCCUUAGUUGCUAAUGUAACACUCGCUGCCUGCUGUGAUGUCUCCGAGGAUUGUGUUAAGAGCUCCUAAUUGAUUUUUUUCCCCCGCUCAUUUUACCUUCGAUACGAAAGCCUUUUCUGUACAAUGUUGGAAGCUGUUUUUCUGUAAAUUGGACUUUUGUGGGCAACAUAUUUCAGGUUCUGGACUUCGUGUUGAGGUGGCUUAUUAUUAUUAUUAUUAUUAUUAUUGUUAUUAUUAUUACUACUAUUCUUUGAUUUAAUAAACGAGGUUGAAACAUUUAUUAUGGA